CCUCAGGAACUCCAUGUAGACCAGUGUGGUGACAGCCACAGCUCACCUGGAUCUGUCCACUCGUCAGCACUCACCCAGGACUACAAGCACCUUCUUCAAAGAAGCAACAGGAGGUGGACACGCCGGGUGGGUCUGUUUACAUUUCUUUUUUUCUUUUUUUUUUUUCUUUUCAGUUUCUUUGGUUUGGGGAGAAGGCUCCGGGCUGGACCGCAUGCAUGACACAACGCAAAAGCGAGAAACCCACCAUCAGCAUCCAGGAGCACAUGGCCAUUGACGUGUGCCCUGGCCCCAUCCAGCCCAUCAAGCAGAUCUCUGACUACUUCCCACGUUACCCGCGGGGCCUCCCACCUGCUGCGCCCCACCAGGUGGGCCACGCCGGGCCCCUGCGCUCUGCCCUUGCCACCUCCUCGGCAGCUGCCUCCACCAACGCUGAUGCUGAAAGUGACCGCCCCAAUGAGGACAACCCUGACCGGGCGUGUGCUGGAGCCUCCGCCUCCAUCAGGAGGGACGAGGAGCCUGAUGUGGAGGGAUACGACUCAGAUGACUCCACCACACUGGGAACCCUGGAAUUUAGUUUGCUGUAUGACCAGGAGAACAACGCCCUGCACUGCACCAUUAACAAAGCCAAGGGGCUCAAGCCAAUGGAUCACAAUGGGCUAUCAGAUCCUUACGUCAAACUACACCUACUACCUGGAGCCAGCAAGGCCAAUAAACUUCGAACCAAGACCCUGCACAACACACUCAACCCUGUCUGGAGCGAGACCCUGACCUACUACGGCAUCACAGAUGAGGAUAUUGUUCGCAAAACACUCAGGAUCUCAGUGUGUGAUGAGGACAAAUUCCGCCACAACGAAUUCAUCGGGGAAACCCGAAUCCCCCUCAAGAAGCUGAAGCCCAACCAACUCAAAAACUUCAACAACUGCCUGGAGAAACAGUUACCUGUCAACAAGACAGAGGAUAAGUCUCUGGAGGAACGUGGACGCAUCAUGAUUUCUCUCAAAUACAACACGCAGAAGUCUUGCCUGGUCGUGGGCAUCAUACGCUGUGCUCACCUCGCUGCCAUGGACGCCAACGGCUUCUCCGACCCCUAUGUCAAAACGUAUCUGAAGCCCGAUGAGAACAAAAAGUCAAAGCACAAGACUGCUGUGAAAAAGAAGACACUCAAUCCUGAGUUCAAUGAGGAAUUCUGUUAUGACAUAAAAUACGCAGACCUCACCAAAAAGACGCUGGAGGUGACAGUAUGGGACUACGACAUCGGAAAGUCAAAUGAUUUCAUAGGUGGUGUAUCUCUGGGUAUCAAUGCAAAUGGAGAGAGGCUCAAACACUGGUUUGACUGCCUCAAAAACAAGGACAAAAAAAUAGAGCGCUGGCACACGCUGACCAAUGAAUUACCUGGCACAUUAAAUGACUGA